UCUCUCACACACACCUCAGAAACCUUAGAGCAGUUAACUCACAGUCACGCACGGACACGCACAUAGGGCGCGCGGGAUGCGUGCGAUCUGACGGACAACGGCUUAUUACAACAGUGAAUCAGCAUCAUGACUCGGUCUGUGCGGGAGGAGCAGGCGUCGGUGGACUCGGAGGAGCAGCAGGAGCUUCAUAGCCCCGCAGGAGAAGAGACAGAGAGGGGAGGAGGAGGUGGAGGAGGAGGAGAGGAGGAGGAGGAGGAGGACCACCUACACCGUCUGGAGGACGACGACGAGGACGACGAGGAGGAAGAGGAGGAGGAGGAGGAGGAGGAGGAUGGUGAGAACAAACCCAAGAGGCGAGGGCCGAAGAAGAAGAAGAUGACGAAGGCUCGUAUGCAGAGGUUUAAGGUGCGUCGAAUGAAAGCUAACGCCCGGGAGAGGAACCGCAUGCAUGGGCUGAACGACGCUCUGGAGAGUCUGAGGAAAGUCGUCCCCUGUUACUCCAAAACACAGAAACUGUCAAAGAUCGAGACGCUCCGCCUCGCAAAGAACUACAUCUGGGCCUUGGGUGAGACCCUGCGUUCCGGCAAGGCACCCGACCUCAUGAGCUUCGUCCAGGCUCUCUGCAAAGGUCUGUCUCAGCCAACCACUAACCUGGUAGCGGGCUGCCUGCAGCUGAAUCCUCGGACUUUCCUGCCAGAGCAGACGCCCGACAUGCCGGCUCACCUUCCUCCCGCCGGCACUGUUGCUUAUCCCGGACACUUCUCCUACCAGAGCCCCGGGCUGACGGCCGGCCUGCCAAGCCCACCCUAUGGCACCAUGGAGCCCUCCCACAUUUUCCACCAGGUCAAAGGUCAGCCCUACGGCCCGCUGGAGCCCUUCUUUGAUGGCGUCCUGGUGUCGGACGGCCCAGCGUUUGACCCGCCUCUCAGCCCUCCACUCAGCAUCAACGGCAACUUCUCGUCCUUCAAGCACGAGGCAGUCGCAGCCUCCGACUACGACAAGAGCUUCUCCUUCAGUGUGCACUACGGGGGAGGAGGAACUGGGGGACAUGCUGCCAUCUAUGGCGGUGGGGGGGCCAACCCGCGGUGCAGUGAGCUGCAGGUGGACGGGCUGAUGGGCUUUGAUGGACACACACACCAUGAACGGCUGAUGAACGCCCAACUGAACGCCAUCUUCCACGACUCCUGAGGAAGAGGAGGAUGAAGGACUGAUGACGACAGAGAGACAAACAGAGAGAGACAGUUCUGUGUAUUUCAUCACUUUAGAGCCGUCUUUCUUUCUCUUUCCAUCUUUCUUUCUGUCUGCGUCACACUCUGUGACUCCUCCUCAGUGUGAAGACAGUGACGUCGACGAUGGCGUCACAUUGAUGAUAUAACCUUCUUUGUAGCGCUUCAUCCUGCAGGAGACGCUCCCUGAAUGUCUCGUUAUUAUCCAUAUUAUCACUUAAAAGUAAUCAAUGAGCAAUAAUCUGGAGGAAACUAUGCAAUUUUGUUAAAACCUGAGCCACGCUCAGCUGAUAAUUCCAAAUGUUGAAAGAAUAAAGAUUUCUCUAUUUUUGGGUCACUGUGUAAGGCGGUGUCGGGCCGGCAUUGGGCCAAAGUGUUCAUAUUUUCAUGUGGUUUUUACUUUUUGCUUUUUAUAACGUUCCUGUAGCGUUCUGUUAACAUUUCAUGUGACUCUUGUUCAUAUUUUAUAAGAUAGAUGUUUAUAAAGGCCUUUCAUUAAAUGAAUUCAAUGUGA